AUGUGUGUGGAGCAGUAUCUGCGCAGAGAGCAGUGUAUUCUAUCGGACCGCGGGGAUAAGCUGGGGGGGAGCGCACAGUGCGCCUGUGACUCCCCUGAACGCGCCCCUCAGCUCUUAAAUCUGCUCGUGCUGUCAGGUUGCCAUGGGGACAUGACUCCGGAAGUCCUCAGAGAGCGCGUGUGCUUGUUUAUGGUGUUGGAGCUGAACAUGUCGGACACGGAAGGCUCACGGAGCAGCACGCCCCAGGACCAGGGCGCAGCAGGGGCGGCCGUGAAGGGACAAAGGGAGGAGCUCAGUGAGGCGGUGGUGCUGAGGGGCAUCUUCAGACUGGGCAAGAAGAGCCAUGAUGUCCUCCUGACCAGGACCUGUGUGAGCUGGACCUCCAUCACUCCCGAGCACCCUACAGCAGGAGAGGCGAGUGUAGGCCCUUCUGGCCGGCUGCUGCUUCGGGAUGUUUUUGCCGUGAAGGUGAAGAGGCGCAGGUGUGUGGGGCAGUCAUCCGGGGGCGCUGUCCUGGGCUUGGCUCUGUUCUGGGCUCGACACCAUGGUCCACGGCUGAAGGAAGAGACUCUGCAACUGCUCAAUGCCUCCUCCGAGCACACACAGCUCUGGUACAACACCAUCAAAGACCUGCUGAGAGACUUGGGUGGGCGUCCCAGCUUCCUAAAGGUCUUGAUAAACCCCAGCAGCCACAGGAAGGAGGCUGUGCAUGUGUACCGCGAGCACGUAGCCCCUCUGUUCAAGAUGGCCGCCGUGCAGACCGACAUCACAGUGACAGAGAAGGAAGGCCACACCCUGUCACUGAUGAAGGAGUGCAAGCUGGACCAGUACGACGGCGUGGUGGUGGUGGGAGGAGAUGGCUCUGUGGCGGAGUUGUGCCAUGGCCUGGUGCUGCGGACACAACUGGACACUGGCUCUGCCCUGGAGAACCCCAGAACAGUCAGCCUGCCCCUGGGCAUCAUCCCAGCCGGCUCCACAGACAUCGUGUCCUGUUCUGUUCAUGGAGUGAGAGAUCCAGUCACCGCAGCACUGCACAUCAUCCUCGGCCAUGUCCUGCUGGUUGACAUGUGCAGCUUCUGGUCCCUGGGGCAACUAGUGCGUUAUGGUUUCUCCUCCAUGUUCGGCUUCGGGGGGCGGAGCCUGGCGUGUGCAGAGAAGAGGCGUUGGAUGCCCUCCUCCCAGAGGAGGGACUACGCCGUGGUCAAGACCCUUGCCCGACUCAGAGCAGAAGAUUGUGAAGUGUCGUAUGUGGAGGCCCGGACGUCCAGCCCUGAGCCCCUGUCUGACAAAACACAAGAUUGUGAUCAGGAUUCCCAUCACACAGGUUCAGAGGAGGAGGCGGAGUCCUGGACAACCAAUCAGGGCCUGUAUCUGAACAUCAGUGUGAUGUCCAUCCCAGGGCUCAGUCCGCACACGCCCAGAGGACUGGCCCCUAACACCAGACUGGCCAAUGGCAGCGCUGCUCUCAUCUCCGUGAGCAACACCUCCAGAACGCAGUUUAUCAAACACUUGAAGAGACUCGGUGCUCCCACUGGACAGUUGGACUUCCCAUUCGUUGAGUCUCAUGCUGUGACCGCAGUGAAGAUCCAACCCCGAGCUGUGAUUGGCUCAGAGGAGGAGAGCGAAGAAGAACCCAUCCAAUCAGAGAGCAGCACCUUCACGACUGCUCAAUCGCAGAAGAGCACAUUUCCCUGGAACAUAGACGGGGAACUGGUCCAUCUGAGACACGAAGUCCUCAUCAGAGUCCACCCUCGCCUCAUCAGUCUGUUUGGACAGCAAGUGGAACAGGCCGAGUCCUCUGUGUCCUGCGGCUGCAUCUGA